AUGAUAAUAUCAAAGUUGGUAAAAUAUUCUGCAUUACACUACACGUUUAUGGACACACCAGAUAUUUUUUUUACCUCUACUUCAACUGCUUAUUUACAUUCACCAACAACCAUCGAGACCCCUUUAUUGAUUGAUCCACAAUUUAUAGAAGCCACUCUUGAUCUACCCUUUGAACAUACCCCUUCUUUUGGUUUUCUUAGUUUUUCCCAUGCUUAUUUUGACCAUUCAUUUGUCUUUAAUCCAGUUAUCACCAACAAUUUUGAAUCCUUGGAUGGCCAACUGAUUCCGAUGACUAACCUCAUAACUGGGGUUUCUUCUUCUUUUGAACCAUCUGGCAUAUAUUCUGACCUGGAUUUAAACCAAAACAACAUCAACCUUCAGGAGUUGGCUUACGGCAAUCGUAUUGAAUCAAUUGCGUCUACAAGCCCUUCGAAUGCACUGUCUAUGAUCGGUCCACUAGACGAAAGUACAAUAAUUGCACCAAACCAGAAUAAUGAAAUGACAUUCCCUGUUCCACACACCACACCAGAUUUUGUACUCUCAUCCUCGCCAUCUCAAGUAAAAUUGCCAGGCCCAGAACCAGCAUUAACAUGGUCACCUUGCAACUCCAAUACAGGUCCUUCUUGUCCACGAAUCUCAAAUACCCCAAAAAUUUCUAACCGGAAUUUCGAUGAUAUUGAAAAAAGAAUAAUUCAUUAUAGUCCCCCCAAAACCACUCCAAAAGGCAACCCAAAUUCUCGCAAGGUUAAGAGUAAAAGCUCUUAUAAAGUAACUUACGACUGCCCAGAAUGCGAAUACUGGAGUGAUCGAGCGGGCAACAUAAAAAGACACGUAGAAAAUCAUAAACCAAACCACAAAGGGCAAACAUGCUCAAAAUGCUCAAAAUCUUUUAGCAGCGGCUUCAAUCUCAAAAGGCAUAGGACCUCUAGUAAAGCAUGCAACUCUAAUAACUUAAAAUAA